AACUGCUUCGACGAUAAAGCACAAAAGGACGUCGAACCGCACAUCGAAAUGAAACUUUAUAAAGAAGGCAAACUCAUUGAUCCUACCUAUCACUUACAAAAUUGUAUGUGUACUGGGCAGAUUUGUGAGUCUAACUCUAAAAACAAGCUGUUGGGAGAGCCAUUCAAGUCUGAUAAGAGAUACAAUGGAGUCCGCGGAUGGGAUAUCGAGUGCAGAAUGAUCGAAGAUGAAGAAGGUGGAGAGAAGCGAGCACCCUUGAUCUACUCUCCAAUAGCUGGAGAGCUUGUUGGAAGGUACAUAUUCUUCGCAACGAAUAUGUGCCGCUCAAUCUUUCGAUUUUUAGAACUCGCUUAG